CCUCUUUUCAAUUCACUUACUACUGUUUACAGCUGUCAGAGCUUCGACCGAAAACCACCAAAACACUCCUCUCCACCAUCUCUCUUCAAAUAGUCGGUUAUUUUUCCAAGAAUUUGACCCAAAUUUGAUGAAACAAAAGGCCAAAGCUUCGAUCUUUUUCUUUCUUCGAUCUUCCUUUUACACCGUCAGGUCAACAUCGGUCUACGUAUGUGGUACAUCGUGUCGUGGUUCGUCUUACCACCAUUGGGAUUGUCAAACAGAGAUCUAGAGUUACAAACCCGAACUCGAACAAAUAAGUCAUUUGACUUCCUUUCUAUUUUGGGUUAUUUGGUUUCGGUUACUGCUUUCGGUUAUUUGGUUUUGCUAGGUUUGGGAUGUUGAGUGGAGGUGAUGAGUGGGGCAAUGAUGGUGGUGCCCGAAUGGUGAGGUGAUGCAGGGUACUACUACAGUGGUACUGAGAUGGUUGAUUUUUAGAGGCUCAGUUUCGGUUGAGGGAGGGAGAGAAUGAUUAUCGGUGAUGGAGGGCCAUUGGUGAUCCCCGAGAGAGGGGCCAGAGGUGAUGGAGAAAAAUGGAGAAAGGCCGAGAGUCGGUGAUUGUAGGUAGGGAUGAUGGGUAUGUUGGGAGUGGUGAGGCAGUGGGGGUGAUGGGCAGUCGCGGUGGUGGUCCAGGGAAAUGUUUGUGGCGAUUGGAAGAUCCCCCUUAUACCUCUCUCUUUUUAGGUAGAAAUGGAGGGACAAGGGCCAUCAUGAUCCUAGGCCGGCCACCGAAAAUAGCUGAGGGUGGGGGUGCGAAGUACGACUGGCUGCUGCUAGGGGACAGUCUGACGCUCCAGAAGGACUGGAUUGUAGAGGACGCAAAGCUCUUAAGGCUAAAACGUAGUUUUAGAAAAAUUAAGGGGCCAAAAUGUAAAUAGUAUUCUUGUAUAUUUUUUCUAAUUUUCCUUUUCUUUUUUUUAUUA